AUCUUUAUUGUUUUCGCAAGCGAUUUUUAUGUGAACACAGAAUCAUCGCAAAAAGUGUCCAAUACAUAUUCACGGCGCUCUUUCAUAAUGCAUAUUAUAAGCAACAAACAUCCCAAUGGGAAAUAAACCAAUCAACUGUUUUGUGAGACUGAUUUCCCUGUCAUGUUCAUGCUCAUAUCAUCCGUGCUCGUGCGGUCGCCGAUGAACUGUGAGCCGAUGAGUUAAUAUGCAGGCUUAUCCACGUGAAAUCCCUGUACAGAACGGUCGGAUAGUGAUUGAGCGUGCAGGUGCCACCUCUUCGGCUGCCAAGCGGACUAACACCACACGCGAAGUUAGGAUACGUCGAUACACCACUGAUUCUUCGUUCAGCGACUUACCUCGUCCAUUUACUGGAGUGGACAUACGUGAUCAGGAUUCCAAUGCUGCCUAUCUACUUACACCGCAUGGUGGCCAACUCAGACCGGCCUACUCUGAGGUUGAAGGUCUGGAUAGGUUCGCGCAGAAAGAUUCACAGGAAGAGAGUCUUAGGGAGAUUGAGGCAUCCAAGGCCUCAGAUCUCCAAACAGAACAAAUCUCCUAUACAAGCUCAACAAAAUAUAACAACUUGCAAUUGGAACGACCAAGAGAUGGAAUAACGCCAUUCGAGCAACUCAAAAAAGACUUCGAACGGUGCUCUCCAUAUAAGUCUGAGGUGAGAGCGGGAAAACGCAUUGGCUUUUAUCGUCUCAUACUGGAUAUAGGUCGUGGAAACUUCUCAAAAGUGAAGCUAGCAACUCAUACAAUUCUGAAUGCGGAAGUUGCGGUCAAGGUGAUAGACAGGACGAAAUUUGAUGCGAAAACAAGAAGGUUGCUCUCACAGGAGCUGGCCAAUAUGGAACGUCUGGACCAUCCUAAUAUUAUUCGCGUUUUUGAAUUCCAUGAAUUCCCAGAUCGCUGGUAUCUGAUUAUGGAAUAUGCUCCAGUAGGCGAACUCCAAUCCUAUCUCAAACGACACGGCCGAAUGGAAGAUACGGCUGCAAAGAACAUUUCCGCACAAAUUGUAUCUGCCCUCAAACACAUGCACGAGCGUGGUGUAGUUCACCGUGACCUAAAGGCGGAAAACGUACUGUUCGUGGCAAGUGGAAUUGUGAAGGUUGGUGACUUUGGCUUUUCAAAAAAGAUCAACCGAGAAGAUGCCUUGACGACGUUUUGUGGUUCGCCUCCUUACGCUGCCCCCGAAUUGUUUGUUGCAGAUUCUUACACAGGUCCUGCAGUAGACCUUUGGGCUCUUGGAGUGCUUAUAUUCUAUAUGGUUGCUGGGCAGCUUCCAUUUCGUGGCGAUUCAAUCGGGAAAAUUAAGCGACUAGUUUUGGAUGGGCAAUACGUCGUACCAGCCCAUGUAAACCAAAACUGCAAACAAUUAAUCAAUGGUCUGUUGUGUCAAUCAACCCAGAAACGAUUUGACAUUUGUCAGACCGAACAGUGCAACUGGUUUUCUAAUCAGGACUGGUUUCAACGCUCGCAUGAGUGUAAUCCAUCACCAAACCAGAUAAGUGACAAGCAGGUUCGUGAUCUGUUACGUCAGUGGUGGGAUGUAGAUGAUGCUGAAUUGCGCAAAGCUCUUGACGAAGGUCCUCAAAACGGCCUCACUGGCAUCUACAGAAUUCUCCAAGUUCAUGGUAAGAAGUUCGUCGAAGGGAAGGUCCCAUUUAUGCCCAAAAAAUCGUCCAAAAAAUCACGUGAGAAGAAGUCAUUGCCACCGAACGGUGAAACAGUGAAGCACAAGAAACAUCACAAAACCACCCUGAAGCAAACUGAAGAGGUGACCACUGUUGACCUACGAGAUAAAAAUGCGCUCAAGGGUAAAAUGCAUAAAGCGGAAGAUGAACACACCUCAAAGACAUGUUUACUUCUGUGAUACAUGGAGACUCCAACUGUACAAAGCACUUUUAUCUGUUGUUCAUCUGAUGCUUCCUCCCCCCACAAUAUCCCUCAAACUUCUUUUGCGUAAAAUCGACCAAAUUCAUGUCUAAUUUGCCUGUAAUGAAAUACGCUUCUAUUGUUUUCGCAGAAGCGAAUGCUUUUUCAAGUAGGUCUUUUUGUUGUCUUUGUAUAUCGCCCUAUUUUCGCAUACACACACACACACCAAUCAUAUCAAAAAUCUCCGAAAUCAUUUCAAGGCCGGUCCUGCAAUAACUAACCGUCGCUUUUUCGUCACACCAGUGCAAGAGUAAAAUAUUGGUUUCUUAUCCCAAUUUUGUCAUAAUGUUAUUUUGAGGAAAAUCAUCCUGAUCUUGACAAUUUUAUUAUUUGGUCCAGUGAAGGAGUGUUUAUUUUUUCGUCAGUUUGACCACCAACCUUUACAUGCAGUAAUAAACAGUACCAGCAUCAAUCUGUGUUCCG